GGGCUUUCCCUGCAUUUGUCACCUACUCCCUGCCCGGAGCUGGCCCUAGACUAAAUGCCUCCCUCCCCCCCACACAGACACUUGUUAAACUUUUGAAUCCCGCAUGUUUCUUGCAUAUGGAGCCAAUUUCAUGGCUUUGAUGCAUGAUUUAUCUCUAUCAUAUACCUUUCCCUUUUGUCACUAACAACAGCGCCCAGAGCACAGUGGCCCCGGACCAGCACUCCACAUGGGCACCUGCCCUUAAAUCCAAUCCUGUCACAGUUGUUUGGUGCCCUGCGCUCUAAGAGAAGCCUUCAGCCAUUGAAUGAAUGCCUAUGGGUCCCUCUCUGAAGUGAUGCGGAAGUGGAAAGACUACCAGCUGCAGUGCCUGAAGUAUCUCUAUGAGACUCCCCCUCUUAUGGCAGAAGGCAAAUUCUGCAACAGAACAUUUGACGACUAUGCCUGUUGGCCUGAUGGGCUACCUGGGACCUAUGUGAAUGUAAGCUGCCCUUGGUAUCUUCCUUGGGCCAGCACAGUGCUGCAUGGACAAGUUUACCGCUUCUGCACUCCUGAGGGCACUUGGCUGCUGAAGGAGAAUUCCACUCUUCCAUGGAGGAACCUUUCAGAAUGUGAGGCAUCAGACAGGAAGGCACCAGAGGAACAACUCCUAUACAUGUCAGUCAUCUACACUGUUGGCUAUGCUCUUUCAUUCUCUGCCCUUGUGAUUGCAACUGCCAUCCUCCUUGGCUUCAGGCAUCUGCACUGCACUAGGAAUUACAUUCAUCUGAAUCUCUUCACUUCUUUUAUCCUACGUGCUGUAUCUGUCUUCAUUAAGGACUCUGUGCUGAAGUGGAUGUAUAGCACAGCUACGCAUGAGCAUCAGUGGGAGGGACUCAUCUCCUACCAGGAGUCACUCAGUUGCCGCCUGGUCUUUGUGAUGAUGCAGUAUUGUGUGGCUGCAAACUACUAUUGGCUAUUGGUGGAAGGCAUGUACCUGCACACACUGCUGGUCCUCUCGGCCAUUUCUGAACAGAGGGUUUUUCGGCUUUAUCUCUGCAUUGGCUGGGGUAUACCAAUGCUGUUUGUUGUCCUCUGGGGAAUAGUCAAGUACCUUUAUGAAGAUGAGGGCUGCUGGACCAGAAACCAUAACAUGAACUAUUGGCUGAUCAUCAGACUGCCCAUUCUAAUCGCCAUUGGGGUGAAUUUCCUGAUAUUUAUCAGAGUUAUAUGCAUCAUCAUUUCCAAGCUACAAUCAAACCUGAUGUGCAAAACUGACACAAAAUGCAGGUUGGCUAAGUCUACACUGACUCUGAUCCCGCUGCUGGGAACCCAUGAGGUCAUUUUUGCCUUUGUUACCGAUGAGCAUGCCAGAGGAAUGCUACGCAUUGUGAAGCUCUUUUGUGAACUCUCCUUCACCUCCUUCCAGGGACUGAUGGUGGCAAUUCUCUACUGCUUCAUCAACAAUGAGGUUCAGACAGAAUUUCAGAAAAGCUGGGAACGCUGGAGACUGGAACACUUUUAUGUCCAGAGAGAUAGCAGUAUGAAGCCACUGAAAUGUCCUGCCAGCAGCCUAAGUAGUGGAGGCACAGUGGGCAGCAGUCUCUAUGCUGCCACUUGCCAAGCCACAUUCAGCUAGAAAUUCUACAGAUGACGACAGAGAUGAGCCAGAUUACCCCAAAUGAACUGUAGGAGGCACCUGAAGACCCGUGAAAACCCAGGCAAGCAGCUUAAAAGUGGGUGCUGGACCCAGAGACUUAACCUUCUGUUGAUCAUUGCUGCAGGCAGCCGGACAACGUUUUCUAAGGAAAGCAGUCUGCUAAUUUAAUCUACACAUCAGAAGAUAAAUUGAGCAUGUCUAAAGUAAGUUUAAAGAGUUUCUUCCUAUUAAUACACAAGGCCUCCAGGUGUCCAAAACUUAAGCAGUGCAUUGAUCCAGUCACAAUCAUAGGGUCAAUGGCUUAUUACUGUAAAUGGGCCCGCUGAAAUCCACUGAUUAAAUUAAAAGAAUACAGAACAUGACUAUUGACAAUAAACCACAUUUGUACUUGUA